CAACACGUCUUCGGUUCAAAGUCACGUUAAAUUUUCAUAAAAUCCCAGCCAAAUGAACGUAGGCUCCGGAUGAGUACACAAGGCGGGUAUUCCUUCGUUUAAUCUUGUUUAAGUAACCACAAGGGAAGGGGGUUCAAUGCAUUCUUGUAACAGCCUGCACGUCCAUGUGUAUUUAGCAUCUGAUGUGCGUGAGCCAUUAUAGAAAGAGACCCCUCCAGUGCAUACUCAACUAUAUAAAAGGUAGCGUUGCACGACGGCCACUUGGUCCCUCAACAUUUGCCGUGAACACUUGCUUCAUAGUCCUUCGAGAGUCUCUUUUUUUUGAGAAAGCCUUUCUUCUUUGAUAUCGUGCAGUCAUUGGUUAAAAAAUAAAACAAUAAGGAAAGUCAUUCUAUACUGUGUGGAAGUACAGAAUUUUUGUGGUAACUAAACAAGGGAGGAUCCCAGGAAGAAAUUUCUAAAUCGUUGAAACACUGGUGAGCUUCUUUGAAGGAAUAAGAAGAGAAUAUAAAAUGAAGGCGUGUCUCAUCCUCCUCGUUUUGGUGACUGCAGCUUUUGCUGCUGAGAAAUAUCCAAGCAAAUACGACGACAUAGACGUUGAGAGGAUCUUGUCUAACAGCCGAGUCCUUACUAAUUAUAUUCGUUGUAUGCUGGAUGAGGGAUCCUGCACCGCUGAAGGACGAGAAUUGAAAAAAACUCUACCAGAUGCUUUAGCGACUGGGUGCACCAAGUGCAAUGAAAAACAAAGAGCCACUGCUGAGAAAGUCAUAAAUCACCUUCGCACAAAAAGACCGAGAGAUUGGGAUCGUCUCAUCACCAAGUAUGAUCCUCAAGGAGAAUACAAGAAACGGUUUGACGCGAUGGAAGCUGCCAAGAAGGUCUAAACUCAGGAGUGGGCGCGAUUGACCGUACGAUGAUGAAAAUUAAAUGUUUUCUUUGAAACAGAUGAUACUGUGUUCUAAUACUUUGCAUUUUGUAAAUUAUGUUCGUAAUAAACGAAACUUGUAAAACAUG